AAGAUAUUGUUAUAUUCAUGAAAAUCCCCACCAAAAAUAAAUUGUAUCUCUCAUCUCAUCAGUCAUCACCGUCCCGGCUUCUCUCCCUCCCUGUGAAAUUCAUAGCGUAUCUGUCUGUCUGUCUGUCUGUCUGCAUCACUUUCUACUUCUUUCCGCGUAAGGGAUAAAUAGUUAUGGGCAGUGUGGAAAUUAUUGAUUUAUUAUCUAGUGAUGAUGAAAGUGAAAAGGUUGCUCCUGUAGCAAUUGUUAAAUUGGAGCCAGAAUAUGUUACAGGUGCCGAGAAACGGUGUUUGACUAGUGUUCGCCGACUAGCCAAGCAUAAGAAAUCAUCUCAAAGACAACACGAGGCAAACGAAAAUGUUAGUUAUAAUAGUAACUCCAGUAGUGUAUUGGAGCAGGGACCUUCGCCGGUUCAUGACACUGGCAUAUCUUAUGCAUCGUCCAUUUGUGAAGCACCGCUUUCCAGACAGUUUUGGAAAGCUGGAAACUAUGAUGAUGGGGUUGGUUCUCAAAUUACAAUCCAAGGUGGGAAAAACAACUAUCUACAUGUACACCCCAUGUUCCUUCACUCAAAUGCAACUUCACACAAGUGGGCAUUUGGCGCUUUAGCAGAGCUUCUUGAUAAUGCUGUUGAUGAGAUCCAAAAUGGAGCUACCUUUGUCAGCGUAGAUAAAAUAUCAAAUCCAAGAGAUGGAAGUCCAGCAUUGCUGAUUCAUGAUGAUGGUGGUGGCAUGGAUCCAGAAGCAAUGCGUCGCUGCAUGAGUUUUGGAUUUUCAGAUAAAAAUUCAAAGCUUUCUAUUGGACAGUAUGGAAAUGGCUUCAAGACCAGUAGUAUGAGGCUUGGUGCAGAUGCAAUAGUCUUCAGUCGUCAUCUGAAUAACGGGAUUUUGACUCAAAGCAUUGGACUUCUGUCAUAUACAUUUUUGAUGCGAACACAUCUUGACAGAAUAGUAGUACCGAUGGUGAAUUAUGAGUUUAAUACCUCAACUAGAUCAUUGGACAUGUUAAAUGGCAACGAACAUUUUAUGGAGAAUUUAUCAUUGCUGUUACGUUGGUCACCAUAUUCAUCAGAAACAGAUCUUCUAAAACAGUUUGAUAACAUGGGAUCUCACGGCACUAAAGUUAUCGUCUACAAUUUGUGGUUUAAUGAUGAGGGGAUUACAGAGUUGGAUUUUGAUACAGAUCCCAAGGAUAUUCGUAUUGCUUGGGAUAUCAAGAAACUCGGCACUAAACCUGCAUUGAAGAGAAUCCAGGAGGAACAUAUUGCUGAACGAUUUCGUUACUCUUUACGUGUGUACUUGUCCAUAUUGUACUUGCGGUUACCAACAACUUUCCAAAUUAUAUUGAGAGGGGAAGCUGUGAAGCCACAUAGCAUUGCCGAUGAUCUUAAACUAGUCCAAUUUGUCAAAUAUUCACCACAAUGUAGUGGACAUGUAGAGGAACUUUAUGUAACAAUUGGAUUUCUUAAGGAAGCCCCUGAUAUCAAUAUCCAUGGUUUCAAUGUAUAUCACAAAGAUCGGCUGAUACUGCCGUUUUGGAAGGUUGUAAGAUAUUUAGACAGUAGAGGGAGAGGAGUUGUUGGUAUCAUGCAAGCAAAUUUUAUUGAGCCAACUCAUGAUAAACAAGAUUUUGAGAAAACUUCCCUGUUUCAAAAAGUAGAAGCCCGAUUGAAGGAAAUGACAUGGGAAUACUGGGAUACUCAUUGUAGACUAAUUGGGUAUCGGCCGGAAACUAAGCCUCGAACUCCAGUUAUUAAACCACAUCCAUCACUGCAGAAACCACUUGGAUAUCAUAAUAAGAGGAAGACAGAUGAACUGAUAAACCUUCAGAAGAGGAAAAAACAUGCAAGUGAAGAAUAUUUAUCUGGUAUUGGUAUCAGUCAGAAUAAACAGAUUACCACAACUCCUGCAGACCAGGUUGUAAACCCAGAGACUUUAAAUUUGAUACAAGAAAAUAAGAAACUACGUGCAACAUGUCUAGAAUUUGAAAGGAGAGGGGAAGAACUUAAUUUCAAGGCAACGGAGCUUAGAAGUAAAAUAGAGGAAGCCCAACAUGAAUAUAAUCGGCUUUUAGCUGAACUGCAGGCCCUAGAUGUGAAAGAAGAGUAGUGUAGCUGUAAUUCUUGCCAUCAAUUUUUUUUUCAUUUGCCGAAGUAAUGUUGUAUGUAUAGCUUAAUCUUUUGUAGUCCCAAGCUUACCAGUUUUAUGGGCACGUUAAAGGACCACAGGGUCUGAGAUCCGGCCCAUUUUGUAUUACCCAAAAGGGUUUUUUCCCCAAGUUUUCUAGGGCAUCCUUUGCAAGUAAAUGUAAGCACAACUCUGAGAUUAGCCACCUUAUGUACAUGUAAAAACACUGUAACAUCAAGCCUACAAGGAAUAUGACGCCGUAACAGAAAAGUUAACGUGGUUGAGUUAAUUUCAAAAUA